CCAUCUGCUGGCUCACUCCCCAGUUGCCCACAAUGACUGGAGCUGCGCUGAUCCGAAGCCAGGAGCCAGGAGCUUCUUCCUGGUCUCCCAUGUGGGUGCAGGGGCCCAAGGACUUGGUCCAUCUUCUACUGCUUUCCCAGGCCAUAACAGAGAGCUGGAUCAGAAGUAGAGCAGCUAGGACUUAAACUGAUUCCCAUAUGGGAUGCCGGCACUACAGGCAGCAGCUUUAGCUGCUAUGCCACUGUGCCAGCCCCUGUAUGUCUUUUUUUUUUUUAAGAUUUAUUUUAUUUAUUUGAAAGACAGUUACAGAGAGAGAGAGAGAGAGAGAGAGAGAGAGAGAGAGAAAGAGAGGUCUUCUAUCUGCUGGUUCACUCCCCAAAUGGCUGCAAAGGUGGAGCUGAACCAAUCCGAAGCCAGGAGCCAGCAGCUUCCUCCAGGUCUUCCAAGUCUCCCGUGUGGGUUCAAGGGCCCAAGGACAUGGGCCAGCCUCUACUGCUUUCCCAGGCCCAUUAGCAAGGAGCUAGAUCAGAAGUGGAGCAGCCAGAUUCCAACUGGGGCGAAUGUGGGAGGCGGGUGCUACAUACAGCCCAGGCUUUAAAACCACUGUGCCACAGUGCUGCCCCCUCUGUGUCUUUUAAUUGGAGAUACAUUCCACUGACAUUUAAGAUAAUUAUUGAUAGAUAAGAUCUUACUCCUGCCAUUUUGAUGCUUAUUUUCAAAUGUUAUUGUAGUUCUUUUGUUUCUUCUUCCUCUCAAAAUUUUCCUGUGGUUUAGUUGUUUUCUGUUGAUACUUAUUUAUUUUUUUGAAGUCUCUUAUAUGGAUUUUUUUUCUUUGUAGUUACCAUGAGGCUUACCAAAAACUACUUUGGUCAUAACAUGCUAUUUUGAAAUUAUACCAACUUAAUAUUGAUUAAUAAAGUUUGGAAAGGGAACAAAAAGCAAAAGGGAUAAGAAUUCCAAAAAACAUUCUAAACUUGCACUCCAUUCUUCCCCAUAUUUUAAAAUUUUGAUGUCCUUUUUUACAUCUUUUUGUAUUCCCUCUUAGUCUUUUAGCAUCAUUGUUAUUAUCUUAAUUGUUUUGUUUUUUUCUUCAAGCUGAGGAUAUAAAUGGUUUAAGUACUUUUUGACAGUAGGAGUGCAUUCUGAAUUUGUUUGUAUGGUGGAUACUCUGAACAGCGAGCUUCUUGCCUUCUGAUAUUUUUACUUACUUGUUAGUGUCUCCUUCUUUCAGAUUAAAGAACUACCUGUAACAUUUCUUGCAAGACAGGUCUGGUGGUAAUGAAUUUUCCCAGCUCUUGUUUGUCUUGGUAUGUCUUUCUCUUUUCCUCAUAUCUGAAGGAUAACUUUGCUGGCUACAAUCUGUUUGAAUGGCAUUUCCUGCCCCCUCCAUACCUUGAAAGUAUUAUCCCAGUCCAUCCUGUUAUGCGAGUAUUCAGCUGAGAAGUAUGCAGUCAAGCAAGCUGUGACCUCUUUAUCUGUUAUUUUUUUCUCAUUUGCUGCUUCGAGGAUGUUCUCUUCAUCUUUAAGCUUGGAAAUCUUGAUUAAAAUAGGUUGUAAGUAGACUUGGUUGUGUUGAAUCUGACUGGUGAUCUUUGAUUUUCCUGUACAUGGAUAGUUGUAUCUUUCUCUAGGUUUAGGAAGUUUUCUGUUACUAUCUCAUCAACAUGCUUUGGCAUUCUCAAAUCCCUCUUCAAUAACUAGGAUAUUUGCUUUUUUAUACUGUCCUGAAACUUUCUAUAAACUUUCUUCAUUCCUCUUACUCUUUUUAUUUUUUUUCCCUCCAGAUGUGUGCGUUCAAGUAGCCCUUUGAACUGCAUGACUCUUUCUUUUUGAUCUGUUCUGCUAUUGUUGCCUGUUGUUACGGUUUUAAUUUUAGUGUACUAUUUGAGUAAUUUCUGUUUGACUUAUUUUAAUUACUUCUAUGUCUCUGUCACAUCUGUUAGAGUAUUAAAUAUUUCUUGAAGUUCAUUGAGUUUCCUUUCUUCUUUAAAUGAUUUUAUUCAUUUAUUUGACAGGCAGAGUUACAGAGAGAGGGCAGACAGAAAGAAAGAUCUUCCAUCUGUUGGUUCACUCCCCAACUGGCUGCAAUGGCCGGGGGCUGUGUCAGGCAGGAGCCAGGAGCCAGGAGCUUCUUCUGGGUCUCCCACGUGGGUGCAGGGGCCCAAACACUUGGGCCGUCUUCCGCUGCUUUCCCAGGUGUGUUAGCAGAGAGCUGGAUUAGGAGUGGAGUAGCCGGAACUGGAAUUGGCACUCAUGUGGGAUGUCGGGUGUCACAGGUGGCAGCUUAACCUGCUACACCGCAACACUGGCCCCUGAGUUUCCUUUACACAGCUAUUUUUAAAAUAUUUAUUCAAAUGUUUGAAACUUUCAGUUUUUAGAUGGUUGUGGUUGUUUCCUAGCACUUUAUUUUCUUCAUUAGGUAAGUUCAUGAUUCCCUGGAAGUUCUUGACACUUGCUGGUGUACAACAUUGCACAUUUAGGGAUUAGUUACAGUAAUUUGGGUUUGUUUGUGGCUGUCCUUCCAGAAAUUUGAAGCACUAUGUUUAUUUUACUGACUUUCUGUAUACUUCUACUAUGUCAGCACUAGAUGGCACCCAAGUCAUGGUUUGCCUCAGGUCUAUUUGUGUUUUCAGUGCUUUCACUCCCGAAAUGCUGCAUAAACUCAGGAUUUGUCCCAAAUCCACAGUUGAUAUGUUAUUCAGAAGGUACUGGGGAAAUGCCUAAAAAAUGUUUUCCAUCCCUACAAACAUCUUUCUGGUGUUGAGGUAGGCCCAGACACCUAGUCUUGCGCCUACCAAUGCCAUAAUGCUAGAUCACAACCAAGGCCUACAGCCAACCAAGACCAGAGCAGCCUGGAGCAUGACUGAAGCCCUCUGUGCUAUGAUAUCUGGCUGCUGCUGAAGUGGCCUAACUCCCUGGUACCACACCUGCCCUCUACUGGUGAUGCUGGUUCAGAAUAAGACUAAUCAACUGAGGUCAUGGAACUCCACUUGGCUCAAAGCAGGUCCAGAGGCCCCAUCUUCACACAUCAGCCUUGGAUAGACACCAUCAAGAUUUUAUUGUAUUCUACCAGCCAGGCAUUGAGUCUCAAGACAGACCUAUGAUUCCCUGAUAUCCGCCCAAGGUUGGUGGAGGGGUGAUAGAGGUGGACUCUCAUUUGCCCAGACACUAGAUAAGUUACCCCUAGGUCUCACAGUCAUCAGACCCUCUUUAAUCUUGGGGGUAUACACCAGGCCCACAUGAACACACGAGGAUGGCAGUGUUACACUCUGAAUAUAAUAUGUCCCACCAGGGUGCAAGUCUCCACCUGAGGCCGGGGCAACUCUAGAGAUUCUAUCUACAGAUACUGGCUUAGGAUGGGGGCCAUUAGGAUCUGCCAAAUGCUGGACUUUUCCAGUCCAGUCCUGAGUCCCAAGAUACAGUCCUAUGGAUCCUUCCUUUCUGCCCAAGGAUAGAAAAGGAGUGAUAAAGCCCCCUGGCUACCCAGACUGGAGCAAGACUAGGUCAUACCAGGGUCAUAGUCACUAGGCCCUACAAAGUCUUAGCUUGUUUGUCAGGCUCACUUGAAGCUGAUGGUAGAACACGUAUAAAUGAGUGCAUCCCACCAGAAGGCAGUUCUCUGCCUUAUGCUGAUGCAAGUCUAGAUGCUCUGCCUGCAAUCACUGGCCUGAGGGUGAAAGUCUUUGGGCUUUGUGAUGACCUGGUGUCACGGCAGCAGGGUACCUCUUAGCUUCAAGCAAGGUCCUAAGUGCUCCUUCUUUUUCACUAUUCUUCAGCAGCAAGAGUCUUGCUUGGCUUUUUGCUGUAUGUUGGAGAAGGAGUGGCAGAGGUCAUUCCCUGGCUGCCUAUCUAUGUAGUGUUCAAAUACUCAGUUUGCAGAUGUGGUCCUGGUGGCAGGGGCUGUAGUGCCUGUCCUACUCUCAAUUUUACUAUCAUGGGUCUGGCAUUGGGACUCAAAUCUAGAACUGGACUUAAUUCCUUCGCCCUCCACCAGCUCGGGUAGAAGACAUCUCCAAAUUGCAGAGACAGGAGAGGGACAAUGUAGGCAAUUCUCUCCUCACUGCUUUCUUCAGAGCAUGUUUUCUCAGUAUUUUACUAAAAAAGGCACUCACUGUGGUCUCUUGUCUGGCUAUAAUGGCUCUUGCAAAAGUGACUUGGUGAAUAUCUGUGGAAAUUGGUGUCUCUGGGAAGAUUAUUUCUGGAGCAUCUCUACUCUCCCUCAUCUUAAUUAAAUUAGCAGCAUGAUCAUUAAAUUUAGGGAGGAGUAUACAGGUGUCUCUGAAGCCAUUCAAAUUAAAAAAAGAAAACACUGGGUGAGCAACUGUAAUUUUAAACACUAAAAAUAUUAUCUCCAACAAAAUAGUUCAUCUAAACAUUUUAAAAAAUAUUUAUUUAUUUAUUUGAAAGACAUACAGAAAGUGAAGCAGAGAGAGAGAGAGAGAGAGAGAGAGAGAGAGAGAGAGAGAAUCUUCUACCCUUCUACCCGCUGGCUCACUUCCCAGAUGGUUGGAGCAACCAGGGGUGUGCCAUGCUGAGGCAAGGGCCAUGAACUCCAUCUGGAUCACUUACAUGGGUGGCAGGGCCCCAAGUACUUGACCUAUCAUCCACUGCCUUCUGAGGCACAUUAGCAGUAAACUGUAUCAAAAACAAAGCAGCUGGGAUUGGAGCCAGCACUCUGAUAUGGGAUGUCAUCAUUGCAGGUAGUAGUUUUAACCCACUGUGCCACAACACUGGUGCUUGUUAGCCUGCUUGGUCAAUGAUAGAUACUUAUAAGAUUCCCAGAUUGUAUUCUUUUUUAUUUUUUUCUAACUCAUGUUUUUAUUUGUUUGAGAGGGAGGGAGACAGAGCUCUCAUCCACUGACUCACUCUACCAAAUGCUCUCAAGGGUCAGGGCCACAGCUGAGAGCCAGGAACUCAAUCCAGGUAUCCCACAUGAGUGGAGGGACCCAAUUACUUGAGCUAUCAUUGCUGCCUCCCAUGGUACACAUUAGCAGGAAGCUGGAGUCGGGAACUAGGUAUGAAACCAGGUAACUCCAGUGUGGAAUUUGGGCAUCUUAACCAUUAGGCAAAAUGCCCAUCGCCCUUCUUUCCAGAUUAAACUAUAGUGUAAGUUAGUAUGAUUUAUAAAACAAAUGAAAAGAUAUUCCCAUCUUCCAGAGGCCUUUAUAUAUUACCAAAUGGAACAGUCUAUUAUGUGCCAGGUACUGCUCCUAAAUUCUAGGAAUAUAGCAUAGAAUAAAAACAUCCUCAUGGAGCUUACAUUUAGGAAUAGAAGGAAACCUAAUAAAUUUAAAAAUAUUAAUAUGUAAUAUUAAGUAGUGAUAAAUUAUGACAGUAAAAUAAAGCAGGGAAUGAGGGUAGAGAGUUUUGGAGGGGCCGGUGUUAUGGCGCUGUUGGUUAAGCCGCUGCCUAUAAUGCUGGAAAUCCCUGUUGAGCACCAGUUCAAGUCCCAGCUGCUACACUUCCCAUCCAGCUCACUGCUAAUGUGCCUGGGAAGGCAACAGAAGAUGGCCCAAGUCCUUGGGCCCCUGCACCCAUGUGGGAGACCCUGAUGGAGUUCCUGGCUUCUGGCUUCUAUCUGUCCCAUCCCUGGCCAUUGAGGCCAUUUAGGGAAUAAACCAGCAUAUGGAAGAUCCCUCUGUCUCUACUUCUUGCUCUGUAACCAUACUUUUCAAAUAAGUCUAUUUUUAAUAAAGAGUAAAGGUUUAGGAAGAAGCAAUAAUAUUUUAGAUGUCAUAGAGAAGUUCUCCUUGGACAAAUAUAUGAAUGAAAUAGGGGAGCUAACCAUGAAACUCUCUGCCAGAGAAGCAUUCUAGGUUUUGGGAACAAUGAGUGCAGAGGUCCUUGAGUAGGAAUGUGCUUGGCUUGUUCACAGCAAGAAGCCCAUUGUGGCAUAAAUGGAGGAAACAAUGGAGGUGGUAUAGAUGGAGCCCCUUGUGGUAUAAAUGGAGGAAGGAGAAAGUGAGCAGAGAUAGUUUUUUAGAGUGGUAGCUAGGGACCAGAUCACGUGAAAAUAGGCCAUGAAAAAGUUUGAUUAUAUUUGAAAGUCUUAAUGAAAACUCAGUAGAGAGUUCUGACAAGGGGGUCAGUGUUAUCAGACUUAUGCUUUUAAGGAGUGAUUCUGGCUGUGUAGAGAAUGGACUCUUGGAAAACAGGAGUACAAACAGGCUGAAUAAUGGCAACUACAGUGGUCCAGGUAGCUAAUGAUAGUGAUUUGGAAUAAGGUGUUAGCUGUGGAAAUAGUAGUAGUGUAUGGCUUUAGUUUAUAUUUUGGAGGUAGAGCCAAUGGAUAUGUGGAUAGAUUGAAUAUGUAAGAGAUAGAGGAAUCAAUGAUUACCAUGAUUCAGGGCCACUCAGUGAAUAAAGAUGUCAUUUAUUGAAAUGGGUAAAGACUGAGAAGAACAAUUUUUGUAGGGAAGAUCAGAAGUUUGGGUCAGGAUAUCUUGCAUUUGAAAUGUCUUUUAGACAUUAAUAUGGAGAUUGAAGAUUGGUUAGAUAUAUGAGUCUGGGAUUUUUGAGAGAGAUUAGACUAGGACAAAUUUGGGAUUCAUCAAGGUUUAAAUGGUAUUGAAAGUUAAGAGAUUGAAUAAGAUUACUAAGAGAUAAGGAUGUGAUUCAUAAGGGAAGAAGUCCAGAUAUUGAGCCCUGGGAUAUUUCAGUGUUGAAAUUCAGGUGGUGAGAAUGAAUCAACAAAAAUAAAAACAAAUUUUUACAAAUAUUUGUUUGUUUUGAAAUUCAGAGCUACUGAGAGAUAGGGAGAGACACAGAGAGAUCCUCAAUCUGCUGGUUCACUCCCCAGAUGGUUGCAAUGGCCAGGAGUGGACCAGGCUGAAGCCAUGAGUCAGGAACUUCAUCCUGGUAUCCCACAUGCAUGGCAGAGGCCAAAACACUUGAGUCAUCCUCUGCUGCUUUUCCCAGGCCACUAGUAGGGAACUGGAUCAGAAGUGAAACAGCUGAGACAGGAACCAUGCCUGGUGGUGGCAUUACCUACUACUACACAAUGCCAGUCCUGGAAACAAAAUUUUAAAAAGCCAACAAGUUAGGAAUAGCCAGUAAAAUAAGAGAAAAUCUAGAAUAUAGUCAUCUUGGAAACUAAGUCAAGAAAAUGUUUCAAAGAGGAAGGAGUAAUUAACCCUGUCCAAUAUUAGUGACAAUGAUAGUGACUAAAUAUCCUUAAUUUCCCAAGAAAGUACUAGUUUAUGCCUGUUGUACAGGAGCAGUUGUUAACACAUUUUUUUUUACUUUCAGUAGUGUCUUAAUUUGGGUGAUAAAUUAUAUGGUUGCAAUGAUGAUAAGUCAAGAUGAGAAUUGAUAAUUGAUUAUUGAAUUUGGUAACAUGUGAAUUAUUGUCAGUCUUGACAAAAGCAGUUUUCAGUAGAGCAAUGAAAUUUCAUUGGAUGUUGGUGAUGAAAUAUUGCAGUGAUUUCAAAAAAAGAGAGGAAAAAUUGGGUAGUAGCUAUGGAAUGAUAUAAAGAAUUUUGGUUUCAAGACAGGAAAUAGUAUAGUAUGUUGAAAUGCUGAUGAGAAUAUUCCAAAAAAGAAGAAAAUGUUUUAAUUUUGUUUUUUUAGGAUUUAUUUAUUUAUUGGAAAGUCAGAAUUACAGAGAGAGAGGGAGAGGUAGAGAGACAGAGGGAUCUUCCAUUCACUGGUUCUCUCCCCAGGUGGCCACAACAGCCAGUGGUGGGCCAGGCUGAAGCCAGGAGCCAAGAACUUCUUCUGAGUCUCCCGUGAGGAUAGCAGGGGCCCAAGCACUUGGACCAUUUUCUGCUGCUUUUCCCAGGCCAUUAGCAGGGACCUGAAUCGGAAGUGGAGCAGCUGUGACAGUAACCAUUGCUUAUAUUGGAUCAUAAGCAGCGACCUUACCUGCUAUGCCACAAUGCCAGCCCCUAUUAUUAUUUUUUUAAGAUUUACUUAUUUAUUUGAAAGGCAGAGUUAGAGAAAGGCAGAGGGCGAGGGCGAGAGAGAGAGAGAGAGAGAGAGAGAGAGAGAGAGAGAGAGUUACCCAUCUGCUGGUCUACUCCUCAAAUGUCUGCAAUGACUGGAGCUGGGCUGAUCUGAAGCUGGAAGUCAGGAACUUCCUCAGAAUUCCCGGUGUGGGGGCAGGUGCCUUCCCAGGCCAUAGCAGAGAGCCAAAUUGGAAGUGGAGCAGCUGGGGCUCAAACCAGUGCCCAUAUGGCCACUGCACUGGCCCCAACAGUUCAUUUUUAAGAAUAGUUUUAGGUUCACAGCAAAGUGAUCCAACAGAGAUAUGUAUAACCUCCUGCCUUCAAGCAUAGCCUCCCCAGUUAUCAGCAUCUCCUGUAACAGUAGUUUGUUUGCUACAAUUGAUGAAUAUAUAUUGAUUAUCAUUACUACCCAAACUCUACUGUUAAUACUAGGGUUAAGUUUUGGUGUUGUAUGUUUUAUGGAUGUGGAUAAAUACUUAAUGACAUGUAUACACCAUUAGAGUAUCAAACAGAGUAGCUUCACAACACUGAAAAUCCUCUGUGUUGUGCCUAUAAUCCCUUCCUUCCACUUAGCCUGUAGCAACCACUGAUCUUUUUACUGUCUUCAUAGUUGUACCAUUUCCAGAUGUCAUAUAGUUGGAAUCACAUAGUAUGUGGUCUUUUCAGACUGCCUAGUUUAUAAUAUGCAUUUAAAUUUCCUCUAUGUCUUCCCAUGGCUUGAUACUCAUUUAUUUUUAGUGCUGAAUAAUAGUCCAUUGUCUGCAUGCACCACAAUUUAAAAAUAUUUAUUUAUUUGUUUUCUUUUCAUUUGAAAGGCAGAGAGACAGAGACAGAAAGACACAGAGAACUCUUCCAUCUGCUAGUUUGUUCCUUAAAUGCAUGUAACAGCUAGAGCUGGACCAGGAUGACGCCAGGAUCCUUGUACACAAUCUCGAUCUCUCAUGAGGAUGGCAGGAACCUAAGUUCUUGAGCUAUCACCUGCUGCCUCCCAGGAGGUGCGGAUUAUUUGGAAGCUAGAAUUGGAAGGAGAACUGGGACUUGAACCCAGAUAUUUCAGUUUGGGAUGCAGGCAUCCCAAAUGAUGUCUUUUUAAAAAUUUUUAUUUCAAUUUUUAAUUAGUUUUUUUUUACAGAUUCAGUGUGCUUUGUAGAUAAAAUUCUAAGAAUAUAAUGAUAUUUCUUUCCUCCUUUCUUCCCUCAAGUGAUGUAUUUUUAAAGAUUUAUUUAUUGAAAGACAGAGUUACAGAGAGAGGUAGAGACAGAGCGAGAGGUCUUCCAUCUGCUGGUUUACUCCCCAGAUGGCUGCAACGGCCGGAGCUGCGGCAAAUCCGAAGCCAGGAGCCAGGAGCUUCUUCCGGGUCUUCCACGUGGGUACUUCUAUUGCUAUCCCAGGCCACAGCAGAGAGCUGGAUCAGAAGAGGAGCAGCCAGGCCUAGAACUGGUGCCCAUAUGGGAUGCCAGCGCUUCAGGCCAGGGUGUUAAUCCGCUGCACCACAGUGCCAGCCCCAAGUGAUGUCUUAAUGACUGUUCCAAAUGCCUGCCCCACCACAAUUUGUCUGUUUACCUACUGUAAAACAUCUUGGUUGGCUGGUGCUGUGGCUCACUAGGCUAAUCCCCCACCUCCGGUGCUGGCACCCCGGGUUCUAGUCCUGGUUGGGGCACCGGAUUCUGUCCCGGUUGCUCCUCUUCCAGUCCAGCUCUCUUCUGUGGCCCGGGAAGGCAGUGGAGGAUGGCCCAGGUGCUUGGGCCCUGCACCUGCAUGGGAGACCAGAGGGAGGCGCCUGGCUCCUGGCUUCGAAUCGGUGCAGUAUGCCGGCUGUAGCAGCCAUUUUGGGGGAGAACCAACGGAGAAGGAAGACCAUUCUCUCUGUCUCUCUCACUGUCUGACUCUGCCUAUCAAAAAAAAAAAAUCUUGGUUGCUUUCAAGUGUAGGUGAUUAUGAAUAAAACUGCUAGAAACAUCCACAUGCAGAUUUUUCAACAUUAACAGAUGUUUUCAACUCAUUUAGGUAAGAGCCAAGGAUUGUGAUUGGUGGUUUUAAUGCUAAGAGUAUUUUUACUUUUGUAAGAAACUGCCAAACUGUAUCCCAAAGUAGCUAUAUACUGUUUUGCACCUUUACCAUUAAUAAAUGAGAAUUCCUCUCACCCUACAUCCUUGCUAGCAUUUGUUAUUGUCAGUGUUCUGGAUUUGGACCAUUGUAACAGGUAUAUACUGGUGUCUUAUCAUUGGUUCAAGUUGCAUUUCCCUGAUGACAUAUGAGGGUAUUUCAAAAAGAUAAUUUAAAAGAUAAAUUCAUUUGGUCAAAAAUUUUAAACACAUGCAUAAAUUUUCAUAAUGUACAUUUUCAUGAACUUUUUGAAGACUCUGUUUUUAUGAGUUUAUUUGCCAUCUGUGUAUCUUCUUAGAUGAAGCAUGUGUUAAGGUCUUUGGCCCAGUUUUUAAUCAUUUUUUCUCUUAUUGUUGAAUUGUAAGACUCUUCUGAUAUUUUGUAUAGAAGAUCUUUUUUUGAAGAUGUCUAUAUUUAUUUUAAAGUCAGAAUUAGAGAGACAGAGAGACAGUGAGAGAGAUCUUCCUUCCACUGAUUGACUCCCCAAAUGGCCACAACAGCUGGCCUGGGCCAGGCCAGGAUGAAGCUAGGAACCAGGAGCAUUAUCUAGGUCUCCCAUGUGGAUGGCAGAGGCCCAAGUGCUUGGGCCAUGGGCCACUACUUUCCCAGGUGAAUUAUCAGGGAUAUGGAUUGGAAAUGGAGCAUCUGGGAUUUCAACUGGUGCCACUUUCGAUGCCGGCGUCGUAGGCAGUGGCUUUUUACACACAGUGUUAUUUAUCAAACAUAUCUUUUUUUAAAGAUUUAUUUUAUUUAUUUGAAAGACAGUUACAGAGAGAGGUAGUGAACCAUCCACUGGUUCACUCCCCAGAUGACUGCAACGGCUGGAGCUGGGCCGAUCCGAAUCCAGGAGCCAGGAGCUUCUUCCAGGUCUCCCACAUGGGUGCAGGGGCCCAAGCACUUGGGCCAUUUUUGAGCUUCUUCCAGAUCUCCCACUUGGGUGCAGGGGCCCAAGGAUUUGGGCCAUCUUCUACUGCUUUCCCAAGCCAUAGCAGAGAGCUGGAUCAGAAGAGGAGCAGCCGGGACUAAAACCGGCACCCAUAUGGGAUGCUGGCACUUCAGGCCAGGGCUUUAACCUGCUGUGCCACAGCGCUGGCACCUCAAACAUAUCUUUUGCAAAUAUUUUCUCCUUGCUUAUGACUCAUUUUUCAUUAUUUUGACAGGAUCUUUUGCAAAUCAAGUGUUUAAUUUUAAUGAAUGCCAGCUUAUCAAUACUUUCUUUAUUAGUUUAUGCCUUUGAAGUUGGAAAGUUACUGCCAUGCCCAUGAUCAUCUAGAAUUUACGUGAUCAUCUAGAAUUUACGUUAUCACCUAGUUAACAUUUUGCUUUUUGCAUUUAUGUGGGUGAUCUAUUUUGAGUUAACUUCUGAGAAAUGUUUAAUAACUGUGUCUAAGGUCAUUUUUUUUGCAUUUGGAUACCCAGAUGUUUUAUACAUGCAUACACACACAUACGUAUGUGUAUGUGUAUAAAUAUUUUCUCCAUUGCAUUGUCUUUUCUUCUUUCAAAGAUCAGUUGACUAUAUUUAUAUGAACCUAUUAUGGGCUCCUGUUUUGUUACAUUUACCUAUUUAAUUUUCCUUUUACCAUUACCACAUACUAUAGCUUUAUAUUAAGUCUUGAUGUUGGAUAGUGUCAGUACUACAACUUUGUUCUUCCCUUUCAAUAUUGUGUUAGAUAUUCUGUGUCUUUUUUCCUUUCCAUAUACAUUUUAAAAUCAAUUUGUUAAUAUUCACAUAAUAACUUGCAGGGGUUUUGAUUGAGAUUGUAUGAAUCUGUAAAUCAGCUUUUAAAGAACUGACAUCAUAGGGACUAACAUUGUGGUGCUGCAAAUUAAGCUACCACUUGCAAUGCCAGUAUCCCAUGUAGGAGCACCUGUUCAAGUCCUGGCUGCUCCACUUCCAAUCCAGCUCCCUGCUAAUGCAACUAAGAAGGCAGUGGAAGAUGGCUCAAGUACUUGGGCCCUUGCCACUCACAUGGGAAACCAGGAUAGUGUUUUAGGCUCCUGGCAUUGGCUUGACCCAGACCUGGCUGUUAUAGCCAUUUUUGAGCCAACACAUGAAUGGAUCGCUCUCUCUCUCUCUCUCUCUCUCUCUCUCUCUCUCUCUCCCCCUCUCUCUUUCUGUGUGUGUGUGUGUGUUGCUCUGCUUUUUAAAAGUAAAUCAAUAAAUCUUUUUUUUUUGACAGGCAGAGUGGACAGUGAGAGAGAGAGACAGAGAGAAAGGUCUUCCUUUUUGCCGUUGGUUCACCCUCCAAUGGCCACCGCGGCCGGCGCGCUGCGGCCGGCACAUGGUGCUGAUCAGAUGGCAGGAGCCAGGUGCUUCUCCUGGUCUCCCAUGGGGUGCAGGGCCCAAGUACUUGGGCCAUCCUCCACUGCACUCCCGGGCCAUAGCAGAGAGCUGGCCUGGAAGAGGGGCAACCGGGACAGAAUCCGGCGUCCCAACUGGGACUAGAACCCGGUGUGCCGGCGCUGCAAGGCGGAGGAUUAGCCUAGUGAGCCACAGCACCGGCCAUCAAUAAAUCUUAAAAAAAAAAAAAAGAGCUGAUAUCUUAACAGCAUUGUAUAUUCCUGUCCAUGCACAUGGAAUUUCUCUCCACUGAUUUAGUUCUUUGAUUUCUUUCUUCAGUGUUUUAGUUUUUCUCACAUCAAUAUUGUGCAUAUUUUGUCACAUUUAUAGCUAAGUAGUACAUUUUAAGUUAUUAAUGCAAAUAUAUUUUUCAUAUUUAUUUAUCCACUCAUUUUAGAGAGAGAAGAGAAAGACCCCAUUUACUGAUUCACUCCCCUAAUUCCCCCAGUGGCCAGGCCAUUUCUUUUGUAUACUAAUAUUGUAUCCUGAAACUUUGCUAUAGUCACUUACUAGUUCCAGGAGGGUGUUUUGUCAAUUCUUUCCAAGAUUUUGCACAGGCUCUCAUGUCAUCUACAAACAAGGACAGUUUUAUUUCUUCCUUCCUCAUGGGUAUACCUUUUCUUGUUUCAUUGCUUUAGCUAGGAUUUCUAGUACAAUGAUGAAUAGCCGUGGUGUGACAGAACAUCUUUAACAUUGUUCCUAAGCUUAGUGGGAAAGAUUCUAGUUUCUUAUCAUUAAGCAUAAUAUUACCUGUAAUUUUUAAUAGAUGUUCUUUAUGAAGUUGAAGAAUUUCUCAUUUUCCUAGUUUUCUAUGGCAACUUUAUUCUUCUGCAUGUAGAUAUUCAGUUAUAGAACUACUUUUAGAGAAAGGACGAUAUUAUCAAUAAAUGGUGAUUGAAUCCAGUCACUGGAGUGUGAGUGAAAAUGAUGUGGGCGGUUCCUGGCCAAGGAUUUUGAGAAGGAAGUCGACUACCUCUACUCUACUUUUCCCCCACUUUUCUGGCUGGAUGUAUGCUGUUAUCAGGCCAUGUCAUGAUGCUGAUGCAGGAAGUGAUGGUUAAGUAAUGAGAAAUACCAACAAAAGAUAGUACUGGCCUCUCAUUAUUUUCCUAUUUCAAAAGCACUUUGAGGGGGAAAAGCCAUUGUAAUCCAUAAACUGUACUUUGGAAAUUUAUAUUUACUAAAUAAAAGUUAAAAAAAGCACUUUGGCAUUUCAUUAAUUUCCAACAUUUUCUGGCAUUGUGGAAAUUCAGGAUUUCUUGUUCCUGCAACGCUAAUUAGCUCACUCACCUCCCUAACUCCUAUAGUUCUCAAAAAUUAGAAGGGAAUAUUUACCACACCCUUAAUUUCAGUAGUUUUCCUAUGAUUGUUUCAGUUGUUGUUGCUACCCUAAGCUUUAUUUCCAGACAUUAAACUCCUCUAAUUUUCCCAAACACCACUGGUAUAAAAAGUCUUCAUGAUGUCAGAGCUGAAUAGUAGUCAAAACUUUAUAGGCAUUUUGGAGAGGAGGACAUUUUCUUCUCUUUAUGUUAUGCUUUAUUAAUGGGAUAUGCACACUGGACUGUUAAACAGUUUCUUUGGAAACAGUAAUUUUGGGAAUUAUUUAUCAACUAGCCUUAGCCAUGGCAGACUCCCAGAUGUCAGCAUGUGUUGGAAUAGGCACAAACAAGAUCUGAACUCAACGUUGCCAUUAGAAUAGCUAUAAUUCCCUAAUCACAAAGCAUUAUUUGUGGACUAUGGUCAUUGUACCUGAUGCUAUGUUCCCUCAGAAAGAAUCCUAUUGAAGCAAACCCCACCAGUUCUACAGAUUCACAGUGUCUUAAGUAGUACACACAGGUUGUGCUAUUUCUCAGAGCAUCUUCAGCCUGUGUAAAAAGUAGAUAUCCACUGGGCCCAUUUUACCAGUUAGUUCACCAUACCCACCCCAGCUUAGUUGGUCCUGACUGGAGAGAAAUUUUAUUGUGCUCAGCUCCUGGCAUUAAGGAAUUGGAGAAGGGAUACAUUCUAAGAAUACACAGGCCUUGCCUCAACUUAAAUCAAAUGAGGUGUCCCAGAAGGAAGGUUUUCCUGAGGCAUUUGAAGAACAGUAGAGAGGCAAGUUAAGCUAAAUGAGCAAAAACAGGUGCAGUACCAUGGUAAUUGAGAGGGACAAGAGAUCAUUUAAGCUGCACAUUCAAGGAAUAUGCUAGUGUGCAAGGAGAUAUGUGGGAGGUGGAGGGGGAUGGGAGGUGGCAUGGUGGGUACGGUGAGUGAGCUUAGCUGCCUUUGUAUCCCAGGCUUAAUCCUUGUGGAUUGUUUCUACAAUUUAGGUUUCAGGGGCAUGUCAAGAUUUUACAGGUGCUGGUGGAGGUACUAGGGAGUAACCUUGGCUAUUGCAUUCUAUUGAGCUGGAAUUCAUUUUUGGUGAAAGUAAAUAGUGUUGAGAAGUGAGAUUAUAAGUCAGCAUCUAAUUUAAGUCUUAUUUGCUUUCUCAUUUAAAGGUUUUAUUUGAAAGGAAGAGAGAGAGAGAGAGAGAGAGAGAGAGAGAGAGAGAGAGAGAGAGAUCUUAGGUCUGUUGGUUCACUCCCCAAAUGCCCAUACUUGCAACAGUGAGGGUUGGGCCAAGCUGAAGCCAGGAGCCUGGAAAGCAAUUUGAUCUCUCGCAUGGGUUACAGGGAUCCAGUUACUUGAGCCAUCACUUGCUGUCUCCCAGAGUAUGCAUUAGCAGGAAGUUGCAUUGGAAGCAGAGUAGCUGGGACUCAAACCAGACACUCUGAUACGGGAUGCAGGCAUCCCAGGCAGUGCCAAAUGCCAGCCCCUUUCAUUUUAAAAAGAAUACUUUAUCAGAUCCAUACAUAUAAAGAGCAAAAUUACAUAAAAUCACAAAAUAGGCCUUUCUCAAUUCAAUAAACCUUAACUAAUAAAAGACCAUGUUGUGUAAAUGAAUUAACAAAUUACUGAAUACUUCAAAGACUCAUACAGUAAAAAACUGUCAGCAUAUGGUACACUCAUUCCUCCGCCAGUAAUUAUCUUUAUAUGAAUAUCCUAACACUUGUAGAAUUACAAUAAAAUCUUGCACUCGUGUGAUUUCAAGCAUAACUAAAAUACAGAGAGGAGAUGGGUGGCUGUACUGAUGAGAGAAACCCCAAAAUAUAUCCUCCCAGGGAUUGAUGCACAGGUAAACAUAAUCAAAGGCAAUAGGGCUUUGUUGGGAUGGGGACUAUAUUCUGUUUAUACUACUGCUAUAAGAAUCCUCAACAAACCUAGUGCCUUAAAAUGAAAAAAGUUUUUUUACUUCAUAGCCCAGGAGGCCAAAAAUCCGAAAUGAUUCAUAUUUAACUGGACAAAAAUCAUUGGCAGAAUUGCUUUCCUUUUGGAGUUUCUAGGGGAAUAAUAUGCUUUUUUGCCAUUUCGAAUUCCUAGGGGCAGCCUGAAUUCUUUGGCUCCUGGCUCCCUUCCAUCUUCAGAUCCAACAAUAGCAUGUCUAGUCUUUGUGCUGCUGCCUCCCCUUGUGGUGACAUGGGGGAGGAAAACCCAGCAUAAUCUUAAAUUGAAUUCACUGGACUGGCAACCUUAAUCUCAACUGCAAGCUUAAUUCUCCUUUGCCAGUUAAUGAAACUUGUUUCCAUGUUCCAGAAUACAGCACACACACACAUCUUUGAGUUACCGUUAUUCUGCCAAGCACAAUGAAUGUGCCCUUUAAAUGAGUUUAAAAAUGUUUGCCAGUAACAGCAUCAAGUUUGCGCACAAUCACAUUGUUCUCCUUGGCCAUUGCAGCAAGGACAGAGAGGGGUUCUAGAGUAAAGAAGUGUGAGUGAAAGGAAAGGAUCCUAAACAGCCAGGUAGUUCUGUCUUGGGGAAGUGGAAUCUUCCCUGAGAGUAACUGGUGAAAUCAGGCAGGUGGUUAGAGCAAGGGGCUGAGGACCAAGUGGAUGAAUCCCUGCUGCGUUUCACAUUGCCAAAUGCCUGGAGGGCUUGGAUGUGAUUGGCAAGAAGAGACUUGAUAGAGAACAGUGGAAGAGGACUGAGGUCCCGCGCUGCCUGGUGCCUGCCACUUGGCCAUGGGCAGCAGAGGGGGUGACUGUAUGGCCACCUGCAGCUCUUGACAGGGUAGGGUCCACUUUCUUGGGCAAGUGUGGGCACUAAGCAGUGACCAAGUGAGCUGCCAUUCUGGAAUAAGCAAAAGGCAGUGUAGACUCAGGGCGCAGACCUGUGAUUUGUCUGUUAGGGCAGGUGGACUUCUCUCACAAGAGGGGCACUGGUGACCCUGCAUGGGGGGCCCAGAGCAGUUCUCCGAGCAGAGGUGCCUCCCUCCCCUGCGUGGCUCCGUGAAGCAGUUAAGGAAGGAAGGACCACCGUGGUGGCCUCGUCCCUCCCAGGCUUUGGUGCUGACAGCCCCUGUGCCAUGAGCGCCCGGGGAGGGGGCGACAGGAGCUGGCGCUCAGAGACGGGGGUGCAGAGGCGCCGAGGGGCAGGCUGGUAUCCAUCCGCUGCGCCCUGCGACGCGGCUCUCGCCGGCCCCGGCAGGCUGCGCGCCCCCCGACCCGUCCGCCUGCCGGCCCCAGAGCCCGUGAGCGCGCCGGAGCUGUGGUGGUGGUCGCUCAGUGAGCGUGAGAGGCGUCCCCGGAGGCGCCCCGCGCUAGCGCCCCCGGCCUGGGCUGGCGGUCGUGCGGGCCCCGCCCAGCUCAGGGUGGGAACGAGGGUGGGCCUGGGAGGGGGCGUCGAGGCGCUGGCGCCAUAUCCCUCCGCCCCCUUCCCGACACCCUCGCGGCGAGCGGUUGCUGCCGCAUCCUGCGCAGCCCCUGACGGGUUUGGUGCAGAGGCGCGGGGGGCGGGACGCGGCUUGGCCGUUCUGGUCGCAGGGAAAGCGCUGGGAAUCCGAGAGAGAGAGAGAGAGAGAGAGAGAGAGAGGAGAAGCGAGGAGGGCAAGGCUGGAGACCGGGGCCCUGAGCCAGUGAAGGCCUGCUUUGAGGCCGCUCAGUUCUGCAAGAAGGGAGAGGAAGAAGAGACUGGCUCAAGUGUCUGGAGGACGUUCCCCCCACCCUGCAAUCAGCUGUGGGGAUUGACACCACUUGAUCAAGGAAAGGAGGGGAGCUUGUCCCUCACCAGUGAAGAUCCACUUCCAGUGGCAGCUCUGGUAGUGUUGGAGUUACUGCUGGCCACCACUCACAACAGGCCCCGAGCCAGAGAGGAGGCCUCUAAUGAAUCUGGAUUCUGGUCAGCAGAUGAGACCUCUACGGUGUCUUCUUUCUGGACUAGUGAAGAGACCAGUGUCAGAUCCUGGCCCAGGGAAGAGGCCAGCACAAGGUCCAGGCACAGGGCUAAACAUCAGACUAACCCCAGGUGCAGGCCCAGAUCCAAGCAAGAGCCUUAUAUUGAUUCCUGGUCUGGAUCUGAGGAUGAGGCUGGCAACCCAUUCUGCUUCUGGUCUGGAGAAAAUACCAAUAACUUAUUCAGACCCAGAGUCAGGGAAGAGGCAAAUACCAGGUCCAAGGUCAGGACAAAGAGAGGGGACUGCUUUGAAUCAGAGUCUGAAGACGAGUUCUAUAAGGAGUCCUGGUUUUUGCCUGGAGAAGAGGAAAAUAGUAGAUUCAGGCGCAGAGACAAGGAAGAGCCUAAUGGCAUUUUGAAAUCACGGGCCCAAAAAGAUGUUAAUAACAGUAACAGUGCCAACCAAGAGGCCAGGUUGGAGGAGGAAGUCAUUAUCGGGUCCUGGUUCUGGGCAGAAAAAGAGGCCAGUUUGGAGGCUGGGGCCUCGGCAAUUUGUGCAUCUGAGCCAGGGACCGAGGAAGGGGCUAUUGGCGGAUCCCUGUUAUGGGCUGAGGAAAAGUCCAGUUUGGGGGCUGUGGCCAGAGAAGAGGCCAAGGCAGAGCCUGAAGAAGAGGCCAUAUUUGGGUCCUGGUUCUGGGAUAGAGAUGAAGCCUGCUUUGACCUAAAUCCCAAUCCUGUGUACAAGGCCAGUAGCAGGUUCAGAGAUUCAGCUGAAGAGGAAAUUAAUGCAUCAUCCAGGCCCCAAACCUGGGAAGAGGUCACUGUUGAAUUCAGACCUGGCCCUUGUCGUGGGAUUGGCUUCCCAUCCACAAGCCACUUUAGAAUCACUGAAGCGGCUUCUGAGAUACUUGAGGCAAAGCCCAAGCCUGUGGAACCUAACCCAGAAGGGGAAGAGCAGGAAUCUGUGCUUCAGCCUGAUCAGCCUGAACCGGAGUUUGCAUUUCAGUAUGAUCCUUCCUACCGCUCAGUCCGGGAAAUCCGAGAGCACCUUAGGGCUAGGGAAAAUGCAGAGCCUGAGAAUUGGUCCUGCAGUUGCAUACAGUGUGAGCUUAAAAUUGGUUCUGAAGAGUUUGAAGAACUCCUUUUACUAAUGGACAGAAUCCGUGAUCCUUUCAUCCAUGAAAUAUCUAAAAUUGCAAUGGGGAUGAGAAGUGCUUCUCAGUUUACCCGAGAUUUCAUUCGGGAUUCAGGUGUGGUCUCACUUAUUCAAGCCUUGCUCAAUUAUCCAUCCUCCCGAGUUAGGACACAUUUUUUGGAAAGCAUGCUUCACAUGGCUCCACCUUAUCCAAAUCUAAACAUGAUUGAGACAUUCAUAUGUCAAGUGUGUGAGGAGACCCUUGCUCAUGGGGUGGAUUCCCUUGAGCAGAUGACUGGAAUAAGGAUGCUCAGACACCUCACUAUGACUACUGACUAUCACACACUGAUUGCCAAUUAUAUGUCUGGGUUUCUUUCCUUAUUGACUACGGGCAAUGCAAGAACAAAAUUUCACGUUCUAAAAAUGCUGCUGAAUUUGUCUGAAAAUCCUAUGGUGAUAAAAAAACUAUUCAGCGCCAAAGCUCUAUCAAUAUUUGUGGGUCUGUUUAACAUAGAAGAGUCACAUGAUAAUAUUCAAAUUGUUGUUAAGAUGUUUCAGAAUAUCAGUAAUAUUAUAAGAAAUGGAACAUUGUCCUUAAUUGAUGACGAUUUCAGUCUUGAGCCGCUUAUGUCUGCGUUCCGUGAAUUUGAGGCAUUAGCUAAGCAACUACAAAUCCAAAUAGACAAUCAAAAUGAUCCUGAGGUGGGACAGCAAAGUUAAUAUGAUUAACCACCUGCUGCUGAUCAGCCUUAUGUUCCCAAAGAGCCCCGAACAGUGCUUUUGGUGUUCACAGUCUGGUUCUAUGUUGUAAAUUAUAUUUGUAAUGUUGAUGUUAACUUUGUCAAACUCUUGUUUUGAGCUGGAUUGUUUUGUGGAUGCCAAAUGAAUAUUACAACUGAAAACAUAUUUGUUGAUAUUUGUCUUGUUCAGAUUGCGGUAUUUUUGGUGUUGAGCUCCCAAUGAACUGUAUCUGAGUAGGAUAUUCUGCUAUUUGUUGUUUAAAUAUAUGGUUCUCUACUCAAGUCUGUUUUCAAUAAAGUUCUAUGUUGAAAUCGGCAUAAA